CCAUCUAUUCAUUCAUGUAUACAGUUGACAGAUUUAAAUGAAAAGCUGAUUUCUCGUCUGAAAAAGUUGAAGAAGCGUAAUGAUGCCCUGGAGAAGGAACUUUCAUCAAUCAACGAGCGUCUCAAGAUCGAGAAUCUCUUGAGGGAACACUGUAAGAUCAGACAUGUCGGAGUCCAGACAGAGCCCCACCCUAGGGGAUCAUGGAGGGUCAUUAAACAAGCCCCUCCCAAAACCAAGACUCUAGAGGACAGCAGUCAAAAGACUAUUGACAGUUUGAUGAAGAAUCACAAGAGUUUGAUGAGGAGAUACGAGAGAGAGGUCCGAGCCAACACCAAACACAUAGAAACAGUCGCCUCUCUUAAUCUUCGUAUACAAGAGCUGGAGAAACUGCUUUCAUCAGCCAACGAGCGUGUUCGUCUGCUUGAAUACCAGACCCAGCGAUAUUCCCCUCAGCCAGGGUGGAGCACUCCGAGGGGCCACGCCCAGAACCGAUCCCGGACCACACCCGGUCAUAGGCGGAGAAGAAGCCACAGCAGGCAAUCUUACUCACCUGACAAUUAUUCUCAAGAGCUUGAAACCGUCAGAAAAGAAAGAGAUCGACUGAAGAAAGAUAAACAGAAGCUGAAGAAAGAACUGGGUGCUCUUGAUGAGAAUUUCUUUGAGGAGAUCGAGGACCUGAAAUUUGCACUCCAGCAGUCUGCUCGGCUGAACCAGGAAUACGACAAGGCCUUGAAGCAAGUGUGUGAGAACUUUGGAGCUCCGUUCCCACUGGACAGUCUUCCGUCUAGACCGAAGAAGUCUUCAUCUGCAUCAAAAAGAAUGUCUUCUAGUCGUCGAACAAGAUGAUCUAGCUGAACACAAACUGAUCUUUUCAAGUCGCUGAAUGUAAUCAUUUGUUUCAAUCAGCCUCUGAAUACAAAUUCAUGCCUGGCUGGAAUGCUCCCCAGGGAGUGGAGAUUUUGCACACAGUGUGUGAGGGCAAGCACUGAAUC